AGUGAAAACUGUCACUGAGCUCUGAAUCUGAACCAACCGAAAUGAGUCGCUUAAAAUUCAUUUAGUUUUCAAUUAAUGGUCGUGUUUCCGAUGGUAUGUACCAAGAAUUAUGUUGAUGUCAAAAAGUUGGAAAAACGUCGUAUGCAACUGACACACUGCGACACGACACACAUAUGGAACAAGUCGCGCGACAAAUUAAUUGACCUUGAACUUUUUCCGUCUAUGUUUACAAACAUCGGUGCGAAAAAACGGUCAAACGGCUUAACUAUUCGGUUCUGGGUCUGAAAAUAGUUCAUCAAUGGCGAAUUCGAGGCUCUGCUCCUCAAGCAUUCAAGAGUAAUUCCUAGAACUAAGAAUAUGUGUCUCAAACUCAGCUGCUUUCGUACUCGGUCUAGUAGUGCCAGUGAGGACAAGUUAAGUCCGAACCUGCCAUCCAGCAGUUCGGUGCUAAAAUUCGAUCAUACCAUACACACCGGAGUCCUUCCAAUCGUCUAUCGAUCCGAAUAUGGUGUAAAGUUUUGUGGUCUCCAAAAGCUACAUCCGUUCGAUGCUGCCAAAGGAGAGCACAUAUACAAACUGCUCAAAGCAGGUAAUUUAUUCAUCAGCGAAGAUGAUGUUUGUAAACCGGAUGAAAUUAGUACGGAUGACCUUUUGGAAGUACACACUAAGCGUUACAUCGGAAGUUUAAAGUGGAGUGUUAACGUGGCUAAAAUAGCGGAGAUUCCACCACUGAUUUUCGUGCCAAACUACAUUGUUCAACGGAGUUAUCUACGCCCAAUGCGUUAUCAAACGGCUGGUUCCAUUUUAGCAGCAAAAUUGGCUUUGGAUUCGUCCACUGGAACGGGCUGGGCAAUCAACUUGGGAGGAGGCUUUCAUCACUGCAGCGCCGACCGCGGAGGAGGGUUUUGUCCUUACGCAGAUAUUACUUUAACCGUAAAGAUGCUGCUGUCGAGCGGAAAAGGUAUAGAACGAGUUCUAAUUCUAGACUUGGAUGCCCACCAGGGUAAUGGAUAUGCAAGAGAUUUAAUGGAUGACACUAGUGUGUUUAUUAUGGACAUGUACAAUUAUCGAAUUUACCCGAAAGAUCAGGAAGCCAAACUAGCGAUUCGAAGAGCAGUUGAGUUGAAACCACACACUCAAGAUAGCGAAUAUUUGCAAAAACUACGAACCAAUUUGGUUCGAUCAUUUGAAGAAUUCAAACCAAACUUUGUAGUGUACAAUGCAGGAACCGAUGUCUUAAAGGGAGACCCGCUCGGUAUUCUGGACAUAACGCCAGCGGGAGUUAUCGAACGAGAUGAAAUUGUAUUCCAAAUGGCACAGGCACGGCACGUUCCACUGGUAAUGUUACUGAGUGGGGGCUAUCUACGAAGUUCCGCGCGGGUUAUUGCCGAUUCAAUUCUAAAUCUGAAUAGGAUCGGACUAAUGCCAGUUCACCAAUGAAGUUGUGGUGCAGAAUUACUGACAGAUGAAACGAUAUGUGAUGAUACCGUGAAACUAAAUCCUAUUUAAGUGAAUACAUUGUAAAAUAUUUAACUUGUUCUUAUUUUUGUCAUCAAUGCAAAUUUUAUUCUAAAAAUAUAUA